UGCAACCUGCUGUGUGUAGCUUUUCUUAUCAAAGCACACACUCCAGAAGAUUUUUAUUUCCUCCACAGAAACGGAUCUAAGCACUGCACCAUCACUCAGACCUCAGAGGGGAGACUUUGUGACUCUUGGCUGCCUCUGAGGAUCCCUGCAGAGCUUUUCUCCUGUGGGUCUGGUCCUGACUGAUGAGAGGAGGUCGGCUGGAAGCUUGAGGCUCUGAGCUGAAGAUGCAGAACUCAAAGAUUUUUAUGUUGGAUGACUUCCUCGCAGGAUGGAUUGGGGGAGCCUCCAGCGUGGUCGUUGGCCAUCCUCUCGACACAGUGAAGACACGACUGCAGGCGGGACAAGGCUACAAGAACACCUUACACUGUGUCCUCACCAUCUACAGGAAGGAAACGGUCAUGGGGUUCUUUAAGGGCAUGUCUUUCCCUCUGGCCAGCAUCACCGUCUACAACUCAGCCGUGUUUGGCUUCUUCAGUAACACACAAAGACUUAUUAGCAAGUAUCGCUAUGGCAAUGAGCGGCAUCCCUGCGGCAUGCUGGACCUGACCGUGGCCAGCAUGCUGACCGGACUGAUGUCGGUGGGAAUCGGAGCGCCUGUGGAUCUGGUGAAGAUCCGACUUCAGAUGCAGACUCAGACGGUUCUAGCAGAGAACUUGCACCUUGCCGGCAACGUGUCAAACGGCACCAACAUCCCUCUGCGCUCCGUCGACAUCCCCAGCCAGAGACUCUACAGAGGCCCCAUCCACUGCAUCAGCAGCAUCCUGCAGACCGAGGGCCUGCAGGGUCUGUACAGGGGGGGCGGGGCCAUGGUGCUCAGGGACGUUCCAGGUUACAUGCUCUACUUCAUCCCUUACACCAUCUUCUGCGACCUGCUGAAGCCGGACGCCACGUCGAGCCCUCAUCCCUGCUCCAUCUGGCUGGCUGGAGGACUAGCGGGGUCCAUUUCCUGGGUCACGGCCACGCCAGCCGACGUGGUGAAGAGUCGAAUGCAGGCCGACGCUCAGCUGCAGAGGAAGUACAAGGGAAUCUUACACUGCAUCAUCCACAGCUACAAAACAGAGGGAGCACAGGUUUUCUUCAGAGGGGCGUCGGUCAACGCAAUCAGAGGCUUCCCCAUGAGCGCCACCAUGUUCCUGACCUACGAACUCUCCCUGCAGUUCUUCAGAAGUCUCUAGGACGAACAGAACGUCUCGUCCAUGAAAGGAAUCACUCAGUGUUUUUGGCAAAUGAGCGACCCGACAGAGGUGUUCCAGUUUUUUUGUUUGUUUGUUUGUUUGUUUGUUUGUUUUGAGGAAAGAAACUGGCAGCAGUUAACCCCGAUGAACUUUCAUUGAAAACACCAGAGCCUUAAAACAAGACCACAACCACGACGGCCCUACCUGGAACAAAACAUUGAUGGAUCAGUGAUUUCUUAGUUUUUUUUACUUCUUUGGGAUGUUGUGAAAUAAUUAGGAUGCCAAAGUCAUCCAUGCUUCUCCGGGCAGAGCGCUGGUUGUAGGUCAGUGCACUUUAAAACGAAAGUGAAGGAAACCACCACUGCUUGAUUAGAGAGUCAAGCAGUGGUGGUAACGACAUGAACAGAAGGUAACUGCUUAAAGAAUAAGCUGAAGAGAGAUUUAAUGCUGGACACAAGAUGCACCAGACACUUUUAAAACCAAAAGGAAGAAAGAGAAGAGGAAAGGUGGAGGACGAACUUGCCUGUGAUGGAUGGACUCAUUCUAUUAUCUGCAUUUUCCUUUUCUUUCACGCCAUUUUUUGUCUCCAGUUAAUCAGAUAUGGUCAUGUAUCAUGAGUCCUGCCUCCCCUACCUGUCUGCACGAACUCAUUACCUGUCCUAGGACUAACUUCACUAAUCACCUUUUGGUACAAGCGUCCUCCUCUUACAUCGGACUUCCACCAACAGAUCCAGAGUGUUUUAUUCUGAAAAUCAACCAGGAUGUUCUCAUUUUGUUUUGGCGCCGGACUUCCUGUCCCGCUCCAUCUGCUCUGUUGAGAUUGAAAAUGAAAGUCUUGCGUAUCUGAUUCGGAGGACUCAGCCAGAACGCCACGGAGCGGAUCCAGUGGAAGUUAACACAUAGACUAGAAUAGAAACCUAUCAGAUCCGGUGCUGUGACGGACUGGACAUGGAUCUGGAUCUGGUGGAAUUUGUCCGCUAACUUAGCAGCUGAUCUCAAGUCUUGGACACAUGGAGGAUUUUGGCCUUGUUUUUUCUGGUGCCGGUUUACCAAAGACCCCAGUGUGUUUCUCUAGGGGUCUGGAGUGAGUGUGGCGAUACUUAAACAACAUGAAACCUGCCGUCUCUUCUGUUCACUCAUACGUGGAGAUGGAUUUAACAACACUGUGUUGUUCUGCAGUGUCAGACAGCACUGAAUGGAUGAUUUGGGGUUGAAACCAGGUUAAAAGCUUUUGCAACAGAUAAUUAAAUACACAAAAUGUACAAAAAAUGCACUUACCUGUCAAAGUGACGGACGUAUUUAGUCAUUUCAAGUGUAUAUUUGUAUCCCGCUAAUCAACAAGUCAAUGCAUUCGGUCUGUAAUUCAGUUAUUGAUGGAAGAGAAGGGAGCUGUGCACUUUGAUCUCAGAGUGAAGGAUGUGACAUUUUCAACACAGCCACGAGUUUUAUCUCUGUCUCAGUUAGCUUCCAGCUUUGUUUUUAAUCACUUAAAGGUGUGUGUGCAUGUCAGAAAUAAACACUCAUACUUCUAAUCACUGACAUGCUUUAAUCUCACAGUUAACCAGCCGCUCUGACGUCGCUCUGCAAAGCCUUUUACAAGCUGUUGGAAAUGUCACGUCCUUUUAUUUACAUGAAAUGUUGCCUUUCGUUGCGCGUGGACUUCAUGUUACCGUCCACUUGUACAUCUUGUGUGUGUUUGUUUCUUAUAUUAAGAACGUUUUUAUUGUGACUUCCUGUUAACCUCUCUAAUGGAGGAGUCUUAUUUCAAAUGCAUACUGCAGGGUUCUGAAUGUCUAACAGGUACGAGAAACCUGCAGAAGUAGGAUGAAAUGGUUGUGUUGUUAUCCCUGCAGGUCCGGAUUAGGGAUGCACCGGUCCUACUUUUUAGGUCCAGAUACCGAUAUCAAUACCUGGGCUUUGGUAUCUGCUGAUCCGAUCCUGGUAUUGAUUUAACAAUCUCUAUUCCUUAAUGUGAGGAUAGAAUCAGGUUUUGGCAACUUCAGGCUUUUCUGACUUGAUGGUGAACUGUACCUGGGUCCAAGUGCUAAACCAGAGGCUGGAACAGAGCUGUACUCGGGCAUUAAAAGUUAGACCCGACCCAAGCACGACAGAAUUCUGCCCGAACUCGAUUGACCUAGAUUUUUUUAAACCCGAACCCGUUCACAGCCUGACUGCCCCUUCAUUAUUCAUCACUGAUCUGGCUCAUUUUGCAAGUUCUGGGUAGGAUGGUCUGUUGAUCUGCAGCACCGUGCAUAGCUUGCAGAAGAGUGCGGGCAUCAGCAUGUACGGCCUCCAUUCUCAGCUGCUUAAAUUUUGGCCAGAGGAAUGAUGCGGUCUUAUAGAGGUCCUGUAUUAUCACCUAACGGGCGAGCCAGUGCUUGUGUUGUUGACCCACGACUGCUUGCUGAGGGGAGUCCAGAUUCACCUGAUUGCUCAUUUACCGCUAAAGCCUGAGCCCGUGUAAAAAUGAUAGAAAUUAUGAUGGUCGGGUCGGGUCGGGUUCAGGGUUGGACAAAUAUCUUCAGCUCUGGGCUGGAAUCCCUUCAUUUCAAGGAUCCGGAUCAAUUAAAUCCAAUAACCUGUCCGUGUUUUCACACUUAGAAUUCAUUAAUAGAAGGUUUCUUCCUUCUUUGCAGUCGGCUACAGCUGACGUAAACUUCUUCCUUUGGGCUCCCAUUAUAUUUUUCAGUGCAACCGCCAUCCAUUGAAACAUUACCGCUGCACAUGUUGCAAGUUUCCGGCGGAGUUGUUAGCAAAAGAAGAGUGACAUGCAGCUAACCUGCAGAGCCUCUGGAGUUCUCCUCCAUCAUGCACAGACCGGCCGGUGCUGAUGACGUAGGAGACGCACAUGGCUGUUGUAAACACAGAAAAGCAUAGAACUGAGAUGAAUAGAUCUGCCAUAUGGAUCGGCACUAUAUAUCGGCCUUUUGUCACCGAUAUCCGAUCUAGCCGAUAUCUGAUACCAGGAUCGGAUCAUUGCAUCCCUAGUCCUGAUCGGAGUAUGUCAGGGAUGUGAUUCAUGCUGACUUGAAAAGUUGACCCACAAGACUUUAAAUGUCCACGAGUAUGUAAGUCCAUAUUCAGCUGGAACUCAACCCCCUUUCGACCGAGGCAGUUUCAGGGCCGGUUCGGAGCCGGCGCUCAAAUGAGAACUCUUUGCUGGUCUAGAACCGUGAACCGCUUACGUCAGGGGCGAGGGGCGGGGGUGCCGUGAUUCAAAACACAAACCAAACGUGUUUCCUCCAUCGUCCUGCAGCGAACAAAUCAAAGAGACUAAUGGAUUCCAAGACAGAGCAGCGGUCGGCCGAGGAGACAAGCUGCCGUUGUCCUCCAUCGUUGUUGUUGUUGUGAGGGAAAAUUCAAGCUAGCUCUGCUGGGAAAAGCAGUCACGUAAAUCUGACGUCAUGACGUGCCUCUUCCACGGGCUCGAGCGGGCGGAAAAACAAACAGGUGCCGUGUUGAUUGGAAAUACAACCCGGUUCAUGUGGGUCUAAAAGAGGUAUAAAAGAACAGCGAUGAGACAGCUCAGUGUCUGCUAGCCGACUGAAACGACACACGGCAUUUUGACUCCCGCCGUGUUUACUUCAACUACAAAGACUGCUGCUAGCUAUGACACUGCCGAUGGUUAUUUUUCAAUCAGUAGCGGCACAGCAGCGAUGUAAUCAUGAUGUUGUGAUUUAUUUCUGUGCAUAAUGACCGGAGCAGCAGCAGCAGAGCAAACCGUCUUUGCAAACUGCAGGAAGUGAGUCACUUUGAUAAUGGGAACACGCCGUCUCUGUCACUUUUCGUGGACAUACUGUAUCCGCUGUAACUUCUUGUUUUGCCACAGACCUCGUGCAAACGAGUGAAAUUCAUUUCUGUGGUCGUAGUGGACUCUCAGACGAACACUCUGAGCACGACGGUGACAAAAACAAGAGUUUUCAUUGGACAGACUUUGAUCAGGAGGGUUAACCUUGCAUCCACCUGCCUGCAUCACAAAGUUGUGUUUCUUGUCUUUUUCUCAAAUGUCCUCAUCACACAUGUGAACUAACAGUCUCCUCAUAGAAAGGAUAUUUCUCAUUUUAGAGUGAAUACCUUCCAAGAAGUGCCUUUGGGAAAGUGCCUGAUAGUGAAAUAGCUGUCGUAUCAUGUAAAUACUUGUAAAUAUGUUAAGAGACAUUCCAGAUGCUGGAGAGCCAGAAGUGUCCGUCUGUAAAUAAAUAAAUGAAUAAAGCUUUUAAACAACAACAACAA